ACUCUAAGGGACGCCACGAGCACGAGUGGGCUUGAGGCUGUUUUACCGUACUGUACCGAUUGUAAGUGCAUGUUCUUUACAGUGAUUGUGUGUGUGAGUAAGGAAACUAUUUAAAAAAAAUCAAAAAUACUACACGUAAAUGUUUGCUUUAAACGUUAUUUCAUCGGUGUAUCUCCCGUCAACUAGCUCUGGAGGAUUCGCCUUGAGAACUACGAGCAAUGGUGCGCGGUAGACGCUGUAACCCAGGGUUGUGCCGGCUCCCCGGCAGCUUGCCGCGCUGCGGUGGUAGCUGUUCUAGGAACUCAGCUGCGUGCUGCUUGCGCAUGUCGUGGGACUGAUUUCGCCCAACUCUAUGACUGUCUUGGCUGGCAGAGACUGCUUUGGCUGAACCCUUGCGUCGUGGAAUCACAGCACGACUACCACGUGAAGACGUACGGGUCCCUCCUCACAACCACGCCUUUCGACAACGGAGUCCGUUACAUCACCGUCCCACCGGAACCAGCAAUUCAUCACCGCACAACCACUCAUCACCAUCGGCAUACCACUCAACAUGGCGCUUCGCAAGUCGAACAGGUAGGUAUACAUUAUUAAUGAAAUAUGAAAAUUGAAUGCUCCAGAGAAUGAUAAUUGAUAAUUAAGCUGACUCCCUUCAAUCUUUAGACCGAAACACAACAGCGGAGGUAUUCUUGUUUUGUAACAGGUAUAGGAAAGUGCUCUCCAGACGGACAACUCGGCAUCAAUUAGACCUGUUUUAUAGAAAUAUGGUUAACAGACGAGCACUCAGUCCACUUGAUGGUUGAUGGAUGGUAAAUUCAUGCUGUGGCAAAUUGGCACUUACAUCCAUCCUCUAUUAAGAAUCGAAAUAUAGAUGCGUUGUCACCCCUGAGGUCUAAAAUGGAAUGCCUAAACGAAUCACCAUACGAAAUAUAGCAGUAAUAUACUGCUAUCUUACGCUGGUAUUAUGUGAGUACAUAGACCUUCCCCGGUCGAGCCGAAGCAUUCGUGCUGCAGCUAAAUUUGCUAUUGGCUCUACUAUAAGUAAAACCUACUGUAUCUCGUCAGCUUCUCAGUAUUUAAUAUUAUAUAUCAGUAAGGUCACCUUACGAGUAGUUUUUUAAAUAAACGUUUAGGUAACAGAUAAAUUCAUCAUCAUCAUCAUCAUCAUUACAGCCUUUCAUAAGUCCACUGCUGAACCCCAAGGAAUGCCACAAAACACGGUCCUGAGUCACCUGCAUCCAUCGACUUCCUGCAUGUCUUACCAGGUCGUCACUCCAUCUCGUGGGGGGUCGCCCUAUACUUCACCUACAGGUACGAGGCUGCCACUCGAGAACCUUUCUUCCCCAUCGGUUGUCGGUUCUUCGAGCUAUAUGACCGACCCACUGCCACUUCAGCUUACUAAUCUGUUGUGCUAUGUCAGUUACUCUGUUUCUACUGCGGAUAUCCUCAUUUCUAAGUUUAUCACGCAGAGAAACCACGAGCAUAACAGAUAAAUUGGCAUUACACAUUUUUAUUUAAAUAUUUAAGCUUCUUUUUGCACAAAUGGCAAUUGCACAAAAGGUAGACUCAAUAUCACAAAGUAUUCUCUGCCAUUAUAACUCCAUUGUCCAUAUUAUGUUAACUGACCACUUUAGGUAACACCAAUUAAAACUUAUUGUUGUUAAUAAAAUAUACAGCCUACCUAGGUGGUACCUACCCAAGCGGCCACUUCAAAUUAAAUUUUACAAAGUAAAACACUUUAAAAAUUAAAACUGAGCCGAGUACGAGAACGAGUUCAUAGAACUAAAAAGAACUACAAUAAUUUCCAUAAACAUAAUAGCUACUGAAAGCGGUGCUAUAGUGUAUAAUAAAGUGUAUAUAAGAAUUAAAGCCCCACUUUAAAUGCUAUUAAAAUUUAAUUAAACAAAAACUAUUUAGCUAUUCUAUUUUUAUUUCAUUCUAUUCUAUGCUAAUCCAUUCUAUUCCAUUCUAUUUCAUUCUAUUCUAUUAUUUUCUAUUCUAUCGUAAUCUAUCCUAUUGUAACCUAUCCUAUCGCUACUAUCCUAUCCUAUUCUAUUAUUUCUCAUCCCAACCCAUGCUAUCCCAACCCAUCCUACCCCAUCUCAUCCCAUCCCAUCCCUCCUAUCCUAGGAGGAGGGGGUACGUCCCGAUUUCAUAGUUAGCCCUGGCUACCUCGUACAACCAGCUUACUGUAUUUUGAAGUCUUGCAGUGGUAUGCGUGGGUUUGGACUUAAUUUUAUUUAUUACUAACUGUUUCCCGCGAGUUCGCCCGCGUGUAAUUAGGAUUUUAAUUAUAUUGCUCAGAACUCUAAUUAUUUUUCUCAAAUCUAAGUAGCCUAACGGUGGUAGAGCCACGCAGCAGUUUUUGCUGUUGCAUGUAUGGGCCGGCUCGAGCCGGGUUGGUACCACGACCUCACAGAAUACCGGCGUGAAGUAGAAGCUCUGCUUCUGCGUUUCGUGUGGUGAAUGCAGGUGGCCGGAGGCCCAAUUCCCCCCCCCCCCCCCCCCCCCCAUCAACAUGGUAGCGGAAUUACACGAUGAACUACCCCAGGAGGGUACCAGUACCCCUGGAGAAUCCCUCGCUGAGCAUCCACGACCAUGUUAUUCCGAUCCUGAGCGUGGGUGCUCAGGCUGCCCCGCGUAUUCUGGGGGGGGCAAAAUUCCGCUCAAAAGCAUAACUGCUAGGGGCAAACUGAGCAAGAACACCAAGGCGACCCCUGCCACGCUAUCCGUGAAUUUCUGCAACAUCAGGGGACUUCACUCUAACCUACACGCCGUCCACUACCAUCUCGAGACGGCGAAACCGGCCUUGCUCUUUCUGACCGAGACGCAGGUUUCCUCUUCGGCUGAUAUUUCGUAUCUCUCCUGCCCGGGGUACAAAUUGGAGCAUUCCUUUGUGCCUCGGGCUGGAGUUUGCGUGUAUGUCAGAGAGGACAUCUGUUCUCGACGCCUCGGCAGUCUUGAAGGUUCGGACCUGUCCAUCCUUUGGCUACGCGUAGACAGCGACGACCAUCCGCGCGUCUACGGGUGCCUCUAUAGGUCCCAUAGCGGUAAUGCCGAAACAGACCGACUCAUCGACCACGUCCAAAUGGCUACAGAUUCCUUGCUACAACAGGUCCCAUCCGCAGAGAUCGUGAUCCUUGGCGAUUUUAACGCCCACCAUGCCGAAUGGCUCGGUUCACGUCUAACCGAUCAUGCGGGGAGAUCUGUUUAUGACUUUGCCUUGGCAUAUGGCCUGACACAACUGGUUACUUCGCCUACGCGGAUUCCAGAUGUGGAGGAUCAUACACCUUCCCUGUUGGACCUUCUGCUGACCUCUCAUCCGGACGGAUAUCAGGUUUCCGUCGAUGCCCCUCUCGGCUCUUUGGACCAUUGUCUGAUCCGGAGUGUGGUGCCACUCACGCUCCCUUCGCGGUUGCGUUCUGCAGGUUGCCGCCGUGUUUGGCAUUACAGGUCGGCGGAUUGGGACGGAAUGCGGUCUUUCUUUGCAUCCUACCCAUGGGGGCGGGUUUGCUUCUCGCCGGACGAUCCCAGCGCUGUUGCUGACUCUGUCACUGAUGUGGUGCUACAGGGAAUGGAACUUGGUUUGGUCGCUCCUGUAAGACUGCAUUACGCAGUAAGCAGGAGUGCUAUCAAGCCUGGGCUGCGGCUUCGGCGACUCGGGAUGUAAACACCAGCACACUUAAAAAGAAGUAUAACUUCGCCUCCAGGUCCUUCAUAAGAGUUAUUGCCAAGGCAAAGUCAGAGCACAUAGGUAGAAUUGGCGAGAAACUAGUUCGCCUUCCUUCGGGAACCCGUGCAUUCUGGUCUCUCGCCAAGGCUGUCCAAGGGAAUUUCUGUAAGCCGUCACUACCAUCUCUGCACAGGGAGGAUGACUCACUGGCCCAUGACGCAAAGGACAAAGCCGACCUUUUAGGCUCCCUUUUUGCGUCCAACUCGACUCUUCAUGACGGGGGGAAAACAGCGCCGACCAUCCCGCGGUGUGAGUGCUCCAUGCCGGAUGUGCUGUUCUCACAGCGCUCGGUUCGCAAAGCACUGCUCUCCCUGGACAUCCAGAAGUCGAGUGGGCCUGACGGAAUCCCCCCGAUUGUGCUGAGGACGUGUGCUCCGGAGUUGGCACCGGUCCUAACGCGUCUUUUCCGGUACUCCUACUCCCAAGGCGUAGUCCCGAUUUCAUGGAAGACAGCUUUUGUCCACCCGAUCCCUAAAAAAGGCGACCGCUCAGACCCAUCCAACUAUAGGCCUAUCGCGAUCACCUCCUUGUUCUCCAAAAUAAUGGAAUCCAUUAUUAACUGCCAGCUCAUCCGGUACCUUGAGGAUCACCAGCUGAUUAGUGACCGCCAAUACGGUUUUCGUCGGGGUCGAUCAGCUGGUGAUCUUCUGGUCUACCUGACCCAUAGAUGGGCGGAGGCAGUAGAGUCCAAGGGGGAGGCGUUGGCCGUUAGUCUGGACAUUGCGAAGGCCUUCGAUCGGGUUUGGCACAAAGCGCUUCUUUCGAAGCUCCCUUCCUAUGGGCUUCCCGAGAAAUUGUGCAAUUGGAUCACCAGCUUCCUUGCAGAUCGGAGCAUCAAGGUCGUUGUAGACAGUGCAUGCUCUGACUACAAGCCUAUUAACGCUGGUGUUCCACAAGGCUGUGUGCUAUCACCAACGCUGUUUCUUCUGCAUAUCAAUGAUAUGUUGCUAACUGGUAACAUUCAUUGCUAUGCGGAUGACAGCACUGGUGAUGCUCUAUACACCGGCCGUGCCAAUAUUUCUCGGGAAAACGUCGCUGAGUACCGGAACAAACUUGUGUCUGAAGUCGAGUCUUUGCUGAGCAAAGUCUCGGAUUGGGGGCGACUAAAUCUAGUCCAGUUUAAUCCUCAGAAGACACAAGUUUGCGCGUUUACCGCUAAAAAGAACCCCUUUGUCGUAUCUCCUCAGUUUCAAGGCACUCCCCUUCUUGCCUCAGCCAGUAUCGGUAUCCUCGGAGUCGACAUAUCGAGUGACGUGCAGUUUCGUGGUCACUUGGAAGGGAAGGCCAAACUGGCCUCUAAAAAGCUUGGCGUGCUCAGCAGAGCGGGACAGUAUUUCAUGCCGGCACACCGCCUGCAACUUUACAAGACGCAAGUUCGGCCUCACAUGAAAUACUGUUCCCAUCUCUGGGCAGGGGCUCCCCAGUGCCAGCUCCUUCCACUUGACCGCAUCCAACGCAGAGCUGCGCGAAUCGUCGACGACCGAGCCCUUUCCGAUCGGCUCGAUUCAUUGGCACUGCGAAGAGAUGUUGCAUCCCUUUGCAUUUUCUUUCGCAUCUACCAUGGGGAGUGCUCUGAGGAAUUGUUCGGAUUAAUCCCAGCUGCCAAAUUUCACGAACGCACAUCGCGGCAGAACUCCCGAUACCAUCCACACCAUCUGGAUGAUUGGCGGUCCACCACUGUGCGAUUUAGAAGAUGUUUUCUUCCUCGCACGACCUCCUUGUGGAAUCGAUUACCAUCAGCGAUUUUUCCGGACCGAUACGACUUAGGGACCUUCAAGAAAAGAGCGUACUCCUUUUUAAAAGGCCGGCAACGCAUCUGCGAUUCCCCUGGUGUUGCAGUUGUUCAUGGGCGGCGGUAGUCACUUACCAUCAGGUGAGCCGCAUGCUCGUUUGCCCCCUCUCCC